UUACUGUCUUACAAUCAGACAGCCUUUGGCCACUCAGUAGGACAGCACGGAAAGAAUACUAGUAAGGACUAUAUAACAAACCUGCUAAAAAGCAUUAGGAGCUUGGACACAAGACCCCCAAAACAAGCUGCAGUUUGCCCCGACGGGUGGACAUUAUAUGAUCAAAAUGGGUACUGCUACUUGUUCUCCACCAUGGGUUCAUCGUUCGAGGAGGCUGAGGCAUUUUGUGCAACGUUCCUUAUGGGACAUCUAGCGAGUGUUCACAGUGCAGAAGAAAACGCCUUUCUUGCAAGUUUACGCCCAGCAGGCGCCAACAAUGCCUGGAUAGGCUUCACGGACUCUACCGUGGAGGGCACUUAUGUGUGGACUGAUGGAACUGCAGCUGAUUAUACGCUGUGGUAUCCUGGCGAGCCAAGUGGUGGGGUAGUAAGAAAUUGUGCCAUUCAACGCUUCACCAGUCCAAAUGACUGGAGAUCCCGCCCGUGCACAUUUAUACUCCCAUUUUUCUGCAGGGCUUUAUCAGUUGGUACUCUGGGUCCACCAGGGACAGGCGGACCACCUGGAACCAAUGGACCCCCAGGAACCAGUGGACCUCCGGGAACUGAGGGUGCACCUGGCACUGCAGGUCCACCGGGAACAGGAGGGCCUCCUGGCACAGGGGGCCCACAGGGAACAAGUGGUCCAGCUGGAACAGGUGGCCCUCCUGCAACCAGUGGUCCUCCUGGAACGGGUGGCCCUCCAGCUACAGGUGGACCACCUGGAACCAUGGGACCACCUGGAAGUAGUGGGCCACCGGGAACUGGAGCACCACCAGGGACCAGAGGGCCACCAGGAACCAGCGGGCCACCAGGUUCAUAUGGACCCCCCGGAACUGAAGGUCCACCAGGGACAGGAGGUCCACCAGGAUCGGGUGGUCCUCCAGGAACUGAAGGACCUCCUAGCACAGGAGGUCCCCCUGGCACGCAAGGACCACCAGGAACGGAAGGACCCCCAGGGACAGCAGGGCCACCUGGAUCAGGGGGUCCUCCAGGUACAUCAGGACCUGUCGGACUAGAUGGUCCCCCAGGCACUAGUGGUCCUGCUGGUGAAGCAGGGCCAACAGGAACUGGUGGGCCACCCGGACUGAAAGGUGUUACUGGAACUAUUGGACCACAGGGAAUUGGAGGUCCACCUGGAACCCGAGGGCCUGAUGGAACAAGUGGUCCACCCGGGAGAAGUGGUCCUCCAGGAACUGGUGGACCACAAGGCACCAGUGGACCACCAGGAACAGUUGGUCCCCAAGGAGCAGCAGGACCUCCAGGGACAAGAGGACCCCCAGGACUAAGUGGACCUAUAGGGAUGGUUGGUCCUGCUGGAACAGCUGGUCCACCAGGGUUAAUAGGGCCUCCUGGACCAACCGGGACAGGAGGACCACCUGGCACAGCCGGACCAAAAGGGCUUCCGGGAAACCAAGGGCCACCAGGUGACUCAGUGCAAGGCAUGAAGGGGAUGAAGGGCAUGGCAGGGGAUCCAGGUCAGCAAGGACUUCCAGGGUCUGUUGGACAUCCGGGAGAGAAGGGAAUGCAGGGAGCCAAAGGCCUUCCGUUCGUUGGAAUGAAAGGAGAAAAGGGAAUGUCUGACAGAUUUUUCGUAGUAUUGCGUGGACGGACAUUUUCUCCAACUACAAGAUUCUUUACACGAACAGUACCCCCAACUACCAGAUUCUUUACACGAACAGUAUCUCCAACCACAGGACGGUUUGCACGAACAUUACCUCAAACUUCAACACGCUUUGAGAGUCUUACUACUCGCUUUGCCUCACAAGUUACGACCACUGGUCCAUUCCUUUUCCUAAAAGGUGACAAUCAGAAUGGUACCCCAAGACGUGACAACAGCAAAGAAGACUCCGAUAUUCUGCAACAACUGAAGGACGCUGUGGUACAUGAAAUUGUACUAGGAGUAAUCAUAGGAACGGUUUUCCUAGGGACUAUCUACCUCUAUGUAGCCUAUUUUAAGCAAGUGACGUAUGAAAAAAUUGAAAUUGAAAAAAUAAGAAGGAAAUUGGAGGGGAUGAAGCCUUAAGAGGGAUCUUUAUUCAAAUGCCCAUAUUAAUCAUAUGAAUGUAGAAACUGGGGCGGGGAUUUUUCAAUGUCAAAAGAUUAAUUCUAUGACAAAUAUUUCUGGUAACGAAAAUAAUACCAAAAAGAUUAACUAUUUAAAUACCAAUAUCAUGAAAUUGUCUUACAAAAGCCAUGCACACUAAGCAGGUCUGAGGCACGAGUAUCCUAUACGAGGUUUGUGUCUCAGCUAUAAGUGACUAUAAUCUUGUGCAAUUAAGCCGACCAAGUUUUAAUUUGACUGUAUACACAAAAUGUGAAACUGAACUGUAUCUUUCUCCAGAUAACUAAUAUGCAGUUACUAAAAAUGAUGUUACUGUUCAUUUAGAAUAUUUCUGUUCUUGUCUUUGU